GUAAGUCCAUGGUGUAUCACAGGAGGAAGGACGUUGUGCGUGGGUCAUUAUACUCCAACGAUCCCAUCCUCACAUACACACACACACACAUUCUCUCUCUCACAUACACUCUCGCUCUUGUAGACAACCUUACUGCCAACGUAACUAUCACCACAGCAGGCAACCUAGCCGGAAACCGGUCAUUUGAUCGUAGCAAAACGAAACCUAGACUCAAUUGCAACAAACGAGACAACCCUAGGAAGGAUUUAUGACAGAAACGUUUUAUCGGUAGAGGAUGAAUAAAUAAAUAAAGUG